AUGACGGCUACUGCUGCUCCUUUGGCUCUGCUCUUGCUGCUGCUGCUGCUGCUGCUGCUGCACUACUCACCACCAUCACCAGCCACAGAGCAUUUUCUUUUCAUACACCAGUCGAGAUCUCUUCCAAAGAGACUUUAUUUGAGCCCUUGGAACAAACGGAUAUGCCGCAUGGGGAUUGCUUGGAACUUUGGGAAGGGAGAUUCUGGGCCCCCACCUGAGAUACCUAUGAACUGGAACGUACUCGAUAUUACCCGGUCAGUGGGGAUGCAUGUCCACUGGGAAGGCAAGGAUCGGUUGAGAGCUAGAGCGAAAGAAAGAGGGAGAGAUAGAGUAGAGGAGAUGAAGAGGGUUCUGGUACCUACUUAA